AUGAUGAAGUUCUCUCUUUUCGAAGCCAUUGUUUUUGUUUCACUAUUUUUGCAGCCCAUAUACUCAUGGAAAACAAAUUUAGAUAUCACCGAGGAUGCAGAAUUAAAUAUCACUUCUUUAGAUGGUGGAUAUGCCUGUACUUUCAAAGCUGAUUUGACUAUUGAAGAAGACGUGACAUUCUUAUUCAAUGGUUUCGACUUUAAUAUGCAUGGUAACUUUCUCAAUAAGGGUAUAUUUUACGUUAGGAAUAUAGGAACUUGGCCGAAUUAUGCUCCUGGUCACAAAACUGGUAUGACGUUUAAUAUUAAUAAUGGUGAUAGCAAAUACUCGAUCGAUAAUUAUGGUACAAUUGUUAUCAAUGAUAAUACUACUACUUGUAGUCCUCCUUCUUACUAUUGGGCUAGUAAAGAUUUCUAUAACGAGGGUAAUAUUACUUUCGCAGGUAGUCAAAUAUGCGACGGCGCUACCUUUCAAAUUAAGCCUACAGGAUCUUUUGUGAAUAAAGGAGUCAUCUCAUAUGUUCAAUAUUAUAUGACCACAUUUAAUCCACCAAGUACCUAUUUUGGAUCUCGGUCUGGUUGUGACACCGGUGCUCCCACGACAAUCAAUAAUGGUACAUUUUGUUUAGUGAACAAUAAUGCUUUAUUUCAAAUGUCUAGAUAUGCCGGUAAUGGAUGUAUAGAUGUGGGUGAACAAAGUACAUUUGCCCUUUUAUGUUCACAGUUAUAUGGAAUAGAUGGAAACUUACAGACAAUUUAUCUUAGUAGUAAUACUUCAGUAUUAGAUAUUUAUAAUAUCAAAGAACCUGUAUCACAAAUACUAGUAAGAGGUUGGGGUAACAAUAAUACCAUUGCCUUGAAUACUGCAAAACCAACUUGGAAUUAUGAUGGAAAUAUUUUAAAUGUUACUGCUGGUUCGAAAACAUAUCAAUUUAUUAUUGGUGAAGGAUACAACAGCUCUUUAAUAGAUUGGUCCUACGGGAAAACGGGCAACAAUGAAAAUUGGGGCAGGGCUCGAUUCCAAUAUGCAGGUCCUUCCCCAGAUUCUGUGAGACCGACAGUCUGCCAAGCAUGUCCAAUUGGGGUUCCUAACCUACUCAAUGAAUCGAAUACUACUCUCCCUACCUACACCGCCAUUGAAUCCGAUGGAGUAGUUGCUACUGACUCUGGAGUUGUUGUUGUCACCACAGACACUGAUGGAUCCUUGACUACGACAACCUCUGAUCCAUUUACCACGUACACCACCACUUAUACCACCACCGAAUCCGAUGGAGUAGUUGCUACUGACUCUGGUGUUGUUGUUGUCACCUCAGACACUGAUGGAUCCUUGACUACCACAACCUCGUUGUUCCCUGCUCCAAGUGAUCCAUUUACCACGUACACCACCACUUAUACCACCACCGAAUCCGAUGGAGUAGUUGCCACUGACUCUGGUGUAGUUGUUGUCACCUCAGACACUGAUGGAUCCUUGACUACCACAACCUCGUUGUUCCCUGCUCCAAGUGAUCCAUUUACCACGUACACCACCACUUAUACCACCACCGAAUCCGAUGGAGUAGUUGCUACUGACUCUGGUGUAGUUGUUGUCACCACAGACACUGAUGGAUCCUUGACUACCACAACCUCGUUGUUCCCUGCUCCAAGUGAUCCAUUUACCACGUACACCACCACUUAUACCACCACCGAAUCCGAUGGAGUAGUUGCCACUGACUCUGGUGUAGUUGUUGUCACCACAGACACUGAUGGAUCCUUGACUACGACAACUUCGUUGUUCCCUGCUCCAAGUGAUCCAUUUACCACCAUAUAUACUAGUUUUGAUAUCUCGUUGCCAACAAGUAAUUCAGACAGAACGGAGAUCGAUUUAAUAGAUCUGACCUUUUCAAGUCAUGUCGGUUUGACUAUAUCAACUUCAGUUACGGCAACAAGUGUUGAUACUUAUCCUUUUUCAUCUACAGCAGGUGUAGAGAAAAAUGUUGAACUGUUUGGAACAUCUGUUACGGUGCUGGUAAAUGAGUUAACUAGUGAUGCUGCGGUGACGUUUCAGAUUACCGCGGUUGCUAAACCGCCAAUUGAUUAUAGAGGGUAUGUAGAAUUGAAUGAGAAUAAUGUUGGCUUAGAUGUGUUAGAUGGACCAAUAUUUGAGAUGACAGGAGGUUACAUUACUAUAGAUGGCUUAUACCUUGAAGCAAACGAAACCAAUGGUGUAUUCUUAGGUGAUACUCCUUUCGGAGGAUGGCUGAUAGUUGGUGAUCCAAUAUUGUCUUUGGAAGGAUUUGGGACUGAAUUUUAUAUCUGUCCAGAGAUCGCACUUCCUUUGCAACUUUCUCUGGUUGAUUGUAACUGUUUUGUGGGUGAGUUACAUGUGCUUGAAGACGUACCUACCUCUAUCGCAGAAGGUGCAACUAUUGCUUAUGUAGCAAGUGCAUGUAAUACUGGAACAGCAUUAGCUUCAGCAGAAAUUAUUGCAGAGCCUUCUCCUAUUGCCACAGGAUCUACAAUUACUACUAUCUAUACCUCUAAUGAAGUCAUUACAAUCACAGAUUGUCCAGAGGCUGUCACUGAUUGUCCUUUGAGUUCCAUCAGAACUGUUACACUCGUACAUACACUAACAACUACCUAUUGCUCAGAAACUACAUCGGAGCCUUCUACUACUGCCACUCGUUCUUCGAUAACUACAAGCUAUAUCUCCAAUGAAGUCAUUAAAAUUAUUGAUUGUCCAGAAACUGAUUCAAAUUGUCAUUUGAGCUCAAUAAGUACUGUCAUAGUUAUUCAUACACUCACAACCACAUAUUACUCUGGUUCUGCGGAUAUUUCUUCUUCCCCAGUCAUUAACACUGAAAAGAUUUAUGAAGUAAGUAGUGGAACUGGCAGUAAUAUAUCAGAAAGGGUUAAUUCCACGAGCAUAAGUGGAAAUGUUGAAUCUAAUUUUGUAAGCAAUGCUCAAACAAACAGUGAAUCUACUACUGCAACCAAUCUUCACUUAAAUGCAGAAUUAAGUACUUUAAACAAUACUGAAACCCAUAUUAGCACUACACUGAAUUAUCAUUCUAGCACUGAUGUUAUUGCUUCUUCUUCUGCUUCGACUUCAGUGAACCCUACAUUUGUCGUCGCAUUUGAAGAUAGUGGAGCAGUAUCAAUUAAUUGGAAGGUUGUUACUCCACUUCUUGCUUCAUUAAUUCUCCUUAUUUUCGUUUAA